UGCGCGUGGUUGGGACGGGACCCCCGGCGCCCCGGGCGGGGUCCCCGCAGGACCGGCUCUGUCGGGGUCCCGGGGCCCCCGGCGCAGGCCGCCAUGUUUGUCCUGGUGGAGAUGGUGGACACGGUGCGGAUUCCUCCCUGGCAGUUUGAGAGGAAGCUCAACGAUUCCAUCGCCGAGGAGUUGAACAAGAAGCUGGCCAACAAGGUUGUGUACAACGUGGGCCUUUGCAUCUGUUUGUUCGAUAUCACCAAGCUGGAGGAUGCCUAUGUGUUCCCUGGGGAUGGCGCAUCACACACCAAAGUCCACUUCCGCUACGUGGUCUUCCACCCCUUCCUGGAUGAGAUUCUGAUUGGGAAGAUCAAGGGCUGCAGCCCGGACGGCGUGCACGUCUCUCUAGGGUUCUUCGAUGACAUUCUCAUCCCCCCGGAGUCACUGCAGCAGCCGGCCAAGUUCGAUGAGGCAGAGCAGGUCUGGGUGUGGGAGUACGAGACCGAGGAAGGAGCACAUGACCUGUACAUGGACACGGGGGAGGAGAUCCGCUUCCGGGUGGUGGACGAGAGCUUCGUGGACACGUCCCCCACGGGGCCCAGCUCGGCCGAGGCCACGGCCUCCAGCGAGGAGCCGCCCAAGAAGGAGGCCCCGUACACACUGGUGGGCUCCAUCAGUGAACCAGGCCUGGGUCUUCUCUCCUGGUGGACCAGCAGCUAGCCUCAGCUGGAGAUGCCACCCCGGCCGGGGAAGGUGGCACAUGAAG